AUGUAAAAUCAUUAAUUAACCUAAGAAGCAUUAGAAACAAUAAAUGAAAUAGCCAAAAAUUGUAAUUAAGAAUUAAAUCGUCCUCCUCCAUCUCCAACCUAUAAAUAAAAGAAAAUUUUACUAAUAAGACAUGGUUUUUCUUAAUACAAUUAUAAAUGGGAUAUUUUCAAAUAAUAAAACUAAGGCUAAUCAACGCACAAUGAAAAAGCUAAACUAGUACGUUUAGAUCCUCAUAAUAUAGAUACUCAUUUGCACGAAAUAGGUGAAAUAUAAUCUAAAUAAUAAUAAAAAUACUUUAAUGAGCUAAAUAUACACUCCGUUUUGGUUUCUCCUUUAUUUAGGGCUUUGUAAACUGCAGAUAUUUUGUUUUAAAAUCAUCCAAGAAAAAAUGAAAUAAAAUUUUUGGUUGUUCCUGAACUUUCAGAAGGUUUAUGUUUUUCGUGCUCAAUUGCUCCUUUUGCCUUUUCAGAAAAAAGAAAAUAAUAAUUUUAAAAUUUCGAUUUUUCUUUUGGAGAAAAAUUCUAAAAUAAAAUACUUUGGCAAGUAGAACAAUUGUAAUGUGACUAAAUUUUCCAAAAAUUAUAAAAGGAACUGUAAAAUAUUCAAAACGAAGAUGAGUUUUCGGCUAAAGUAGUUGAGGAAUUAUAAAAAGUAUAUCCUUAAUAUUUAGAGACACAUGAUCACUUAUGGCUGAGAGCUCAAAAAGCAAAAUAGUUUAUAUAAUGUUAUUUAAACUAAGUGCCUGAAGGAUAAUAAAUAGUUAUUGUAGCACAUUACGUACUUAUUUUGUAUUUAACUAGUAGUGAAAACAAAGGAUACCAUAAUAUGGAUGGAAUCAAAUGUUAAAAUGCAAGUAUUAAAUAUUGGGAUAUAUGA